AGAGCAGAGCAGCUCGGCCAGGCCAGGCUGUCGCAGUCCAGUCAGUGGCGGCCGAACGGGUCCAAAGAGAGCAGUGCGUGUGUCCGUGCGAGGCGCGCGCGUGUGUGUCCCAAGGAGCAGCACCAGCAGCAGCAUCAGCAUGCAGGCCGCUGAGCGGGCCUCGGCCGCCGGAUAGUGGCCGCCGCGGCCGCCGUCUCUCUUCCUCUCUUUCUCUCCCCCUUUCUCUCUCCGCACUGUCGCAGCCUCCUCAGCCGCCAGCCAGCCAGCAGCAGUCAUCCGCGCUCCAGCAGGCUGGCGUAGUGUGAUGUGCCGUCGUGGUGGGCGUGUCGCUCCGCGCGUGCAUGGCCUCAGCGUCAACCGCCCUAGAUGCCUUUGACGCAGCGUUCGCGGCGGCGCAGUUGGCCGAGGAGGAGUACCUCGUCAGUCGAGAGCUAGAGGAGAUCUCGAGCCGCAGCAGGCCGCAGCCGCACGACCUCCAUCGUUCGCCAUUGCCGCCGGCUCACCCCCACCCACACCACCCCCACCAGCAGCACCCCCACCAGCAGCACUUUUCGGCCUCGACCGCCCACUACGCCCGCGCAGGCGGAGUCGCUUGCGAGUCGUGCAGCGGUCGAGGCGUGGGCCUCCACUCAACCACGGCCCCGUUGGCCGCGAGCGGCGCGCGGGGCAGUGGCGGGCUGAUCAGCGCCGCGGCGGCCGCGGCGCCGUCGUGGUGCGUGUACUGCGGCUGCUCGCAGGUGGUGGCGCCGACGGCGGCGGCCAACGGGCAGUGCGCGUCGUGCUCACCGCACCGCAGGGCCGUGCAGACGCUGCAGCGUGGUCCCGCGUCGGAGCCGCACCGCCGCGGCGCCUACUUCGAGGCCGAGGAUGCCGCCGCCUACCCGGACGCCACCUCUGCCCGCCACCGCUCCGGACAGUACUACUCGCCGCCCGGCACCUCCUACACCAUUGUCGAGGCCAGACCUUCCGCAAGGGACCUGCCGCUCCGCGAGAUUGGAUUCAGGCCGAUCAACGCGCGAGCCGCGAGCCAGUCGCCGCCGGUGCGUCAGAGUGCGUCGGCGUCGCGCGGCGCCGCCAAGCUGGGCAGUAGCGGCGGCGCCGCCAUCUCGCCCGAGCAGGUGAUUCGCAUGCUCAACUCGUCGAACCACGGAGUUGGCGCCGGCGGCCCCGGGGGCGUCAAGGCCCGCGACCAGCCACCCCCGCCCAUCAACAUGAUGAACAACAUGCCGGUGCGCACCGUCACCAUGAGCAGACCCGCCGAAUCCGCCCACGGAUUCGGCAUCUGCGUCAAAGGCGGAAGAGAGUCAGGCGUGGGUGUAUACAUCUCGAGGGUCGAGGAGAACAGCGUGGCCGAACACGUCGGCCUUCGACCCGGAGACUCCAUCCUCGAGGUCAACGGAAUGCCCUUUGGCGGGGUCAGCCACGACGAGGCCCUCAAGAUGCUCAAAACGUGUCGCAAGGUGACGAUGACUGUGCGGAGCGCGUCGGGGGGCGCGGGGUACGCGCUACCCUCGGCGUCGGCAUCCGCGGGGGCGGGCCAGCUGUACACGUGGACCGACCGGCACGGCCGGCCCGUGUCGCCGCCUCCAGAAUACGCUUCGGCCCUGAGCGGGCCACCCCCACUGCCGCCCCCGGGCCCUGGCGCCAGGACCUGGAACUUCCACUCUGCUAGAAGUAAGGAGAGAACUAGAAAGGUGGAGCUGAGCAUCGAGCCGGGUCAGAGUUUGGGUCUGAUGAUCCGUGGCGGCGUCGAGUACGGCCUCGGCGUGUUUGUCACCGGCGUCGACCCGGGCAGCGUGGCCGAGCGCUGCGGCCUCAUGGUUGGUGACCAGAUUCUGGAGGUGAACGGCCAGAGCUUCAUGGCGGUGACGCACGAUGAAGCCGUGAGCCAGCUCAAGUACCACAAGAGGAUGAGUCUGAUCGUGCGUGAUGUGGGCAAGGUGCCGUCGUCGGGGGCGCCGCACACUGCCUCCUCAGGGCUGCUGGGUCAUGCGUGGGAGACGCACCUACCACAUACGUCGCGCAGUCCCGCGGGUUGGCAGCGCAACCUCGAACCAAGUGGCGCUGCACUCCAAAUGGUGCAGGAGAAGGCACGAGUCAUCCUGCCGCACCCUGAGUACGCCUCCCUCGAUUACUAUCAGCGUGAGUACGCGGCCAGGCAGAUGGACGUCGAGGCCUUUGUUGCCGUGCUGCUGGAAAUGCUCAACACUCCUGAGAAGUACACCCUUUUGAUUGAACUGCGGGAGGUGGUGCGACCUGAGGACAGAGCGAGGUUCGACGAGCUUGUAUACCGAAGAGAAGCGGAGGGUCAGAGAUGCCGGGAGCUGCGUGAUCUUUUGGGCCACCGGGGCGGCCAGGACCACCUCAGGGUGGGAGGGCAGAAGCCGGCGCCACUCCACCCCCACCACCACCCUCACUACCACCAUCACCUGCAGCAGCAGCAUCAGCAGCAGCAGCAGCAACAACAACAACAACAACAACAACACCAGCAGCACCUGGAGGCGGAGCAGCCCGAAAUGAAGACACCCAGCGAGGACUCCGGCGUCGACCUGGCCACGCAGUGGGGCCCCAGCGAGGCGACGUGGUACCGCACCCCGGCCGUGGACCCCUACGGCUGGCCGCUGCGGACGCAGCAACUGCGCACCUCGGACCUUUCUGCCGUCGACGACCAACAGCAGGAGUUGCGUGCCAACGGCAGCAGGAGACACUCGAGUCCCGGUGUCGACCAGGAAGGCGACCCUGGCGCCGACCCCGGCGCCAACCGCAGCCAGUACGACGCCAACAGCGGGUACCUCGAUGGUCUGCGCUCGUCCAUCGGCGGACUAACGCAAAGGGUGAAAUCCUGGUACUGGGGUCGACCCAUAGACUUGGCGCAAAAGCUGAGCCGCAGCUUCGACAUUAGCGGCGACAACGACCAGCAGAGUCUGCUGAUGGACGCGGAUGGCAGUGGCGUGCCGCGCAGAAGACAAUCCAUGCAGAGGCUCGCGGCCAGGGGCGUGCCCACCUGCGGCGACCUCCAAGAGGUCAACGAAGACGCAAUGGGCGCCAUGGUGGUACCUGACAUGCAAGGCAAUCUGCGCAUCACCGUCAAGAAAUGCAAACCCAUGCUGGGCAUCGCGAUCGAGGGUGGUGCCAACACUAAGCACCCGCUUCCCAGGAUAAUCAACAUACACGAAAACGGCGCUGCGUACGAAGCAGGAGGACUGGAAGUCGGUCAGCUGAUCUUGGAGGUGGAUGGACACAAAGUGGAGGGGAUGCACCACCAGGAGGUGGCGAGACUGAUUGCCGAGUCUUUCGCGGCGAGGUCGCGGCCGGAAAUCGAAUUUCUGGUGGUGGAAGCCAAGAAGUCGAACCUCGAGGCCAAGCCGACCGCGUUGAUUUUCCUCGAGGCGUAAGAGACGCACGCAGCCGGUGUGUGCCAAAGUGAUUCCCGCAGAGCUUUCAAAAAAGCAAAAGUCUCGUCAGUGACAUAAUGACUGUGUGACCGGUGCUAUUGUGUACAAUACAUUCUACAUGAUUGGUUGCGCUUAAGAGCAGCAGGACUCUUUUCCGGAAAAAAUAAGUUCGAUGAUUGAGCCGAUUUUUCUAUUUAACUGCGAUCAUCGAAAUUAUUCUGUUGUUACUUGUUAAGUUUUGCAUAUUAUAUAAGACGGACACGCAGCGGCGGAUAUACAUACACACGUUAACCCUUCUCAAAACGGAUGCAAAUGGCUAAAAGUACAUACUAUAAAAAUAAUACACUCGCACACACGACGAGGCGUCAUCAAAGCAAGUUUUCUUGACAAAAAGGCGCUCGUCGCGCCGACAAAAUUCACCAUCGACCUUCAACACACCUCUAAAAGCAAGCUUGGAACUCUGAAAGUAAAAAUUAAUUGCUCAAAAAUGUAACUUCAUUUUUUAACCUUCACUCGGGACAGUUACCCAAGGGUAGAGAAAUUCUAUAAAUUGUCAGUAUUGAAUUCCCUCAAGAGAAAAAUGAUUGUUAUGUGUUAUUUUGGUUGUAAUCAAUACUAACCAGACUUUCAUUGCCUAAAAAUUUAGAUGCAGCAAUAUAUAUUACUGACGCGUGGGAGCAAAAUUAUCCGAGUCUUGAUUUAUUCGUUCCAGCCUUGAUUCUUGAUUUCGGUCAGUUUGAAAGUUGUCGUGAAGAUUGUUGGCGCGGCGACGGGCCAAAUUGAGUUUCGGUCUAUCCCUCUGACUAUGGAUGUGCCAACUGCCCCUUCGAAGUAGAACUCAGACAGAGAGGCUCGAUUCGCAGGUGUUGCGAACCGGAAAAGUAGUGAAACGAAAUUCGCGUAGAGCAGCAGUUCGAUGUUUCGGUGUCUAGCUUCCAACUCUGAGCGCAGUUUCUACCUGCUUCCUGUCACAGAAAUAAAUCAACUUAACUAAAAAUGACAAAAGAUUAAAAAAGUUGUGCUCUCUAGACAAGCAGUGUGCAUGCUAUAAACUGCGCGAUCGUGUACUUAAAUCGAGUGUAAAACAAAAAAAGGAGUUUCUGUGACCGCGAGUGGCGAAACCGCACUUUUUUCUCGUUCUCGUCUCGAAAUCAAAACCCCAAAGCAGAUAUAUCAAAAGUCGGGUUGCAAUCGGCGUUGAGGCGCUGGUUGGAACCGGUCUCGCGCCUCUGUAGCUUCUAUUCUCUAUUGUCUAUUAUCUAUAUCUCCUUCUCACGUUAGGUUUCAAAAAGAUUCUUGACCCGUCGUGUUCCCUUUGAUCGAAGUGUGUUCAGAAGAAAAACAUGUUAAAACCAGAAUGUGGAUUCAAUUCAGCAAUUUGUCUAUAUUUUCGGGAUUGACCUCACACUCGAAUACACUCACUCACACACACAACACACGCUAGGCCUAUAUAUCGAGUAAGUGCGCAGUAUAUUACACACAUAUAUUUUUGUGGUCCUCCUACUCAGAGAAAUCGAGAAAAAGCAGCCAUUGUUUCAUUUCACUCACACACACAGACACUCACUAACUCGACCGUCAGUGUACAUAACUUAAAAAAGCGAUAAAUGUUGUUGAACAAAAUGUAGCCACGCAUAUAAUAACCUGUUAAGCGGAAACGAGCAGAAAGCUAGACGUCAAAUGUGUAAUCACUUAGUUUUCAGUGAGAGAUAAUUUUAGUUUCUCAUUUCUUUGUGGGACAGAGCUACUCCAAAACGACCGAAUAUAUGCAUCUUUUUUCAUCUCUACCGAUCCAAUUGGCGAAAUCUUAAAAAUUCAAGUAAUUUUGGUCGUUUGAAGCUCUGAACACUUUCUAAAAGCACUUUAAUUGCCAAUCAGAAACUCGAAAUGGAAAUUUUCCUUUUGAAAAUAUUUGCGAGUAAUUAUCAAAGGAAGGUGAUAAGCAUCACAACGACUUAGACAAGCUUUUAUUCUGAGGGAAAAUUUUAGGAGAAACGCGUCAUUUUCUUUCAAGAGGAAAUCGAUGAUUUCGAUGUUGGAAAUGCCUUACGUUCGGUGUGCGUUGGUCAGAAAGGGAAAAGUAUUGGUAGAAAAAAGGGAAUUGCUGGAGAAAAAGACACUCACGCGCGUUUAGAUGCAACUAACCAAACCGCAAAAAUGUUGGCAGCCUCUUUCAAGCUUUGGUAAAAUAAUACAAAAACAAAAGUCACACACAGACACACUCACUCACGCUACACAUACACACACACACACACACACACACACACACACACUAUCUCAACAUAUCUACUUACAUUGUCUGCCUUAACGCCUGUUAUGUGUGCAUAAUGAGUAUAAUUAAAAAGCGCAAAUAUUUACUACCACUAAAAACGAGCGAAAAAAAACGAGCGGACGGAUUAUUGCGGUGGGAAAAAAGGGGAAAUAAAUAAUGAUUCACUCACUCAACUCACUUAAUAAACUCACACACUCUUGUUUUUUUACAAAUAAUUAUUACAAAAAUUUAUAUUUUGAUUCGGCACGCUUGCAUUACGAAACACAAAAAGGCUCCUUCUGCGCAAAACCGAAAUGUCUUUUCACUCUUUCACUCUCACUCUCAUUGCGUUUCCUCUCUCUUUUCUGUACGAUAUAUUCUUUAGUGCAUAAAAAGCAAACUUAAAAUAGCGAGUCAAGUGCGAUGCCUAUUUUUCAAUUUUUAUGCAGUACUGUAACGAGACCAUUGUGUAAAACAGAAAAUAAAACAACAAAUUAUGAGACAGAGCAAACGAACAUACGAAAAA